AUGACGACGAUUAACCCAAGACUUUUUGAGAGGGCCGAGAAACUCGCACUCAUGACCAACGAACUCAAGCUUCACAAGGCGACGCAGCAAGUGGACGAAAUCACCCGGGAUCUGGAGCAGUUGGCUCGCAGGACGCAAUUCAACGAGACGUUCCGUCAGCAGCACGAAGAACGCAUGGAAAGUCUCUGGUGCGAGAUCCUGGCCGUGCGGGCCCAUAUCGAGAGUGCCAGCAAACUAAGGGCAGAGGAAAGACUUGAAAUGAAGGACUACCGCCGGGAAGUGGUCGAGGUCAAGCGGGAGAUGGACGACAUGAAGGGGCUUGUGACAGGGUUGGCCGGCAAGGUGAAGGAGCUUCCCACCUUGUCAGAGGCGAAUGCUGUCCUGGCAGCUGUACAUACACAGAGGGAGGCUUGCGAGAUGGCAGCGGCGACCGCCACAGAUUGGAUGCAAAAGACGAUGAAUCAACGGAUACAAGAAACAAUCAAGUCGACGCGCAGAUGGCACCACGAGCACAAGACGACAGGCCUACCAGACGCGGCCUUUACGGCGAAAUACCUGCGGAAACAGUCCAAAAGAGACCCCCACAUGGCCAUCCUGCUGCACAGGGCCAUCCAAAGACGCGUCGAGAGCCGUCGGGACGGCAGGGAUUCUCAGCCGCGGUCCCUGGAGGAGUUUUGCCAGGACGUGAGCUGGGGGGACGUUACGCAGACGGUGGAGGACGAGUUGGUCAAGAGGGUAGCAUUUGCGGUUCGCUCACUGCGGCAGAUUUCGCAGUAG